AUGGUCCGGAAAAAGCAACGUUUGGAUUGCAGAGAUGAUUUUGAAUUAACAUCUGAUUCGGAAACUGAGACUCCUAUGAUGUUACGGCGAAGGCCAGGAGAGACUGAGUCGCAAGCAUCACUUCGGAGAGAAGCUAAUGCCCGACGAAUCUCUGAUAGACGAUUGACUGAGACCGAAGAGGAAAGAUCGGCACGUUGCUUGACUAAUGCGCAACGGACUUAUGAAAGGAGGUUGGGAGAGACAGAAGCGGAAAGGUCAGCACGCUGUUUGUCGAAUGCGCAACGAAAUUCUGUAAGGAGAUUGGCAGAAACCGACGAGGAAAAGUCGACACGUUGCUUAGCGAAUGCUCAACGAACUUCUGAAAGGCGAUUGGGAGAAACCGACGAAGAAAGGUCAGCACGCUGCUUAGCGAAUGCUCAAAGAACUUCUAAAAGGCGAUUGGGAGAAACCGACGAAGAAAGGUCAGCGCGCUGCUUAUCGAAUGCUCAACGAACUUUUGAAAGGCGAUUGGCAGAACCCGACGAGGAAAGGUUGGCCCGUUGCUUAGUAAAUGCACAACGAAUUUCUGAAGUGAGAUUGGCAGAAACCGAACAAGAGACAAUUCGACGACGAAUUGAAGAUAAUCAACGAAAUUUCGCUCGACGCCAACUUGAAACUGCCAUAGACAGAGAGGAGAGAUUACAACAAGUGCGCACAAAUCGUGCCAAUACUUCAUAUCGUAUGCUACAGAUGACAGUAAGAUUGGCCAUAGUUGAUAAUUUAGAGGAAAGUAUGGUGGAGUUACACACUAUGGGGGAAAUGAAUGUCCUCUGUGAAUUUUGCAAUGCCAAACAUUUUGCUAAUGAAAGACCAACUGAUAAAAAGUUUACCGUGUGUUGCAACAAAGGAAAGGUUAAAAUUCCUACGUUCGCAACGCAUGAGUACAUAAAACGACUUCUAAUAGGGCAGGAUCCUGAUUCCAAAAAUUUCAUGGAAAAUAUAAGAUCCUACAAUAAUGCAUUUGCAUUUGCAUCUGUUGGAGCACAAAUUAAAGCUCCACCUGGAUACGGUCCGUACUGUUAUCGAAUCCAUGGUCAGAUCUAUCACAGAACCGGGACUUUGCACCCCGAUGAUGGCGAACCACGAAAGUACGCCCAAUUGUAUAUACUGGAUCCCGAUGAGGCAAACCGACGAAGAUUGAACGAGCCAUCCAAUGUUGCCUGCAAAAAUCAUGUGAUGUCUAACCUGUAUGAUAUUAUGAAAGAUAAUCCGUUUGCCAGAGCAUACAAAAUGCUUCAUGAAUUCGAAAAGGAGGAGAAGAUUAGAAUGCAAAGCGAAGAAUAUUUGGCCAAAGAAGUUACAAUGGCUAUUGUUAAUGACCGAAAUCUUGACAAACGUCGAUACAAUAUUCAGACAUGUAAUGAAGUUGCAAUAAUUUUCAGCAAUACCGAUGGCGAGCCACCACUUGAAAGAGAUUUACUUAUUCAUUUAAAAUCAACCGGCGAUGAUUCCCCAAAGACAAAACGAAUUAGUAUUUUAAAUAAAAACCUUGAUGCUCUGACCUAUCCUAUUCUAUACCCAUCUGGGGAGCAAGGAUGGGGAGAGGACUUAGCUCUAUCUGUGCCGUCUAACUCAGCAAAAAUUAAUACAAACUGUAGAAAACGCGUAACGCUAAAAAUGUAUUACUCAUACCUAUUUUCAAUUCGUGAAACAUUUAAUCCAUUUUUAAGUGCCGGAAAGCUAACUCAACAGUACUUUGUCGAUGCAUAUGUUAAAGCCGAAGCAAAUGACCUUAAUUUUGUCAGGCAAAAUCAAAGCAAACUUAGAGCAAGUAACUAUGACGCAUUGGUUGACUUUAUAGACUCUGCCGCAGAACAAGAUGGAUUGGUUCCCGGAAGACCAAUAAUUUUACCUUCGACUUUUCAAGGUAGCCGAAGAAAUAUGAAUCAAAACUAUCAAGAUGCGAUGUCAAUCGUAAGAAAAUUUGGCAAACCAGACUUAUUUAUUACGAUGACGUGCAACCCCAAAUGGAUAGAAAUUACUACCAAUUUGAAAGAUGGACAAAAACCUGAAAACAGACCGGAUUUAGUAACAAGGGUAUUUAAUAUUAAAUUGAAAUCAAUGCUUGAGGAUUUAACAAAAAAAUGUGUCCUUGGACACGUACUUGCCAAAGUACAUGUAAUUGAAUUUCAAAAACGCGGUCUCCCUCAUGCUCAUAUUCUUAUAAUCCUAAAAGAUAGUGAUAAGCCAAAAACAGUCGAACUCAUAGAUAAGAUUGUAUGUGCCGAAAUACCUAAUAAAGAAACACAUCCAAGGUUAUAUGAUGUUGUUACAACAAAUAUGAUUCACGGCCCGUGUGAUAAUAUUAAUUCAAAAUCACCAUGUCUGGUGGCCGGGAAAUGUUCAAAAGGUUUUCCGAAAGCAUUUCAGCAUGAAACUUUAGCUAACGUUAACGGAUAUCCGUUUUACCGGCGACGCAAUUUAGUACCAGUUGUGACUAAUAAAAAUAUUGAAAUUGACAAUAGAUGGGUAGUUCCAUAUAACCCAUACUUAAGCUUAAAAUACAAUUGUCAUAUCAACGUUGAAAUUUGCGCAUCUAUUAGAAGCGUAAAGUAUUUAUUCAAAUACGCUUACAAGGGUCACGAUUGUGCAAAAGUUGAAUUACGAAUAGAUGAGAUUAAGACACAUGUGGAUUCAAGAUAUGUCAGUCCUCCUGAAGCCGCCUGGAGAAUUUUCAGAUUCCCUAUGCAAGAUAGAACCCAUUCUAUAUCGAGAUUAAAGGUUGAAUUACCGGAGCAAAAACAAGUGACAUUCGAUCCAAAUAGAAUCCAAGAAGCAAUCCAAAAAGCAGAAAAUACACACUCCACGUUAACUGCAUACUUCGAGCUAAACACCCAUGAUCCGGAAGCCAGGCAAUACAAGUAUGCAGAAAUUCCAGAGUAUUAUGUAUUUAAUGCAAAAAACAAAUGGGUUCGUCGUAAAGAUGGACACACUGACAAAGUUAUAGGACGUCUGUAUUCUGUGAGUAUGACAGACGGUGAGAGAUAUUUUUUGAGGUUACUGUUACUUCAUGUAGCAGGACCAACAAGUUAUAACGACCUUCUUAAAUAUCAAGGACAUGUUUACAAUACCUUUUAUGAAGCGGCUAAGGCUCGAGGAUUGAUUUUUGAUCAAACAGUCUGGAAUGAUACAUUAAACGAUGCUGCUCAUGCAUCAAUGCCACGUCAACUUCGAGAACUUUUUGCAUAUAUUUGUGUAUUUGGAGAGACCUCCGACAUGACAGGCUUAUGGAUUGAACAUAAAGAAAAUCUUACUGAGGAUUUUGUAAGAGUUCACGGUCAUCCACCUGACGCAGAGUGUAACAUGUGUGAGUCAUAUGCACUUAGAGAUAUUUCAGAAACACUUAUUACACACGGAAAAAAGUGUUCUGAUUACAAUCUAAGAGACCCCCCCUCAUAUCUACCACUGAAUUUAAAUGAUUUUGUAGAUAUUGAGAUAGAACGUGGCAUCGCAGAAGAUCUUAAAUCAACAUUGAGAGAAGAACAACUGAAUGCAUUUGAGGCAAUAGAACACUCAAUGAACUCUGACGACCCUGUUGAGAAAUGUUUCUUCCUUGACGGCCCUGGUGGAAGUGGGAAAACUUACCUAUAUAAAACACUUUUAAGCUACAUUAGGGGUAAAGGUGAGAUAGCAUUACCUGUCGCAUCAACAGGAAUCGCGGCUAAUUUACUAAAGGGAGGACGGACUUACCAUUCCCAAUACAAACUGCCACUUAAUUUAAAUGAAACAUCUGUUUCAUCAAUAGAGAUGACUACAAAUGAUGCGAAGUUAAUUCGGACCGCAAAGCUACUGAUUUGGGAUGAGUCAACAAUGGCAUCAGUUCAUGCUUUGCAUUGCAUUGAUAGACUGCUGAAAGAAAUUAUGGGAAAUGAUCUUCCAUUUGGAGGAAAAGUUUUACUCCUCGGAGGUGAUUUUAGGCAAACAUUGCCAAUAAUCCCACACGGUGAUGCUGUCGCAAUUGUCCAGGCAAGCAUAAAAUUUAGCCACCUUUGGAGGAAAUUUCAAAUUUUGAAAUUAAACAAUAAUGUCAGAUCGCUUGAUAAGGAAUACAGUGAUUGGCUAAUUAAACUUGGUAACGGGGAAUUGACAAAUAUAGAUGGAUUACAUGAUAGUUUAAUAGAAAUUCCAGAAGCAAUGUUGGCGUCCGAGAACAUUAUUAAAGAUAUUUUUGGUGAUUCUCUAACUCUUGAAAAUGUAGAGCAAUUUUCAAAAAUGGCGAUUUUAUGCCCGACUAAUGCAGAAGUUGAUAAAAUAAACGAGCAAGUAUUGAACAUUUUGCAAGGAGAAUGUAAGACAUAUUUAAGUACAGACUCAAUUAUGACAGAUGAAGAUUCUGAUAAAGAUGAUUACCCUACGGAAUUUCUGAAUACUUUAAAUCCGUCUGGAUCAGCAUCACAUGAAUUAAAAUUGAAAGUUGGUUCCCUGAUAAUGCUGCUAAGAAAUUUGAAUACAAAACGUGGAUUGUGCAAUGGAACACGAUUAGUUGUUGCUGAACUAAAGCCAAACUUAAUUAUUGCCAAGGUAAUUACAGGAUCCGCUAAAGGAAACAUUGUCUUUAUCCCUAGAAUUGAUCUUAUAACAGAUUCUGAUCUUCCAUUUCGCCUAAGAAGACGACAAUUCCCAAUUAAGCUGGCAUUUGCCAUGACUAUUAAUAAGUCCCAGGGUCAAACUUUGGACAAGGUUGGAAUCUAUUUGGCCACUCCAGUGUUCAGUCACGGGCAACUUUACGUUGCAUUUUCAAGAGUUAGGCGAUCAUGUGACGUAAAAGUUUAUGUACGAAAUACGGCUGAACAUGGAAAAUUAUUAGAAAAUUCCAAUAAGGUAUUCACGAGGAAUGUUGUCUUUAAGGACAUACUCCAGAAAUAA